ACUUUUCAUUUUCUCAAGUGUUUAAAGAGAAACUUAUAAUGGCCACUAGCUUAAACAUGCCUAUUUUAGCUUCUUCGUCUCCCGAUAAUGACCAAGGUACCAAAAACGAUGUUGUCCGCAACACAAUGAACUCCCAACGUAGCAUAUGGGGAGAUAUGUUUCUCACAUAUAAUGAGACAAAGGAUCAAGCUUACAUGGAGCGGCGGGCUAAGGAACUAAAAGAGGAAGUGAGGAAAACGCUAGUGAUAACAAGCUUGACCGAGCCAAUACAACAUGUGAAGUUAUUGGAGCAUAUCGACGCGGUCCAACGCCUUGGUGUAGCAUACCAUUUUGAUGACGAAAUCGAGGAAUGUUUGAAACAUAUCUAUGUCGCAUAUGGGGAUCGAUGGAUCAACAAUAACGACCUUCAAAGUACUUCACUUUGGUUCAGGCUCCUAAGACAACAAGGCUUUAACAUUUCAAGUGAAAUAUUCAACAAAUAUAAGAGUGAAAAAGGAACUUUUAUGGAGUCCAUGAAAGAUGAUGUUGGAGGCAUGCUUUCUUUGUACGAAGCAACGUUCAUGAGGAUAGAAGGUGAAAAAGUUUUAGAAGAAGCACUCGAUUUCACAAAAUACCACCUUGGAAACAUAGUCAACAAUCACACUUUGAAUAUUGACACUUUACUUGAAACUAAAGUACAUCAAGCACUUGAACAACCUAUUCGAAAGAUGUUGCCAAGGCUAGAAGCAUUGCGCUACAUACCCAUCUACGAACAAGAAGAUUCCCAUAACGAGGACUUAUUAACGUUUGCCAAGUUAGAUUUCAAUUUGCUCCAAGAAUUGCACCGAAAGGAGCUUAGCCUAAUUACCAAAUGGUGGAAGGAUUUGGAUGUGUCAUCAAAACUACCUUAUGUUCGGGACAGAAUAGUCGAAGGUUACUUCUGGGUAUUGGCGAUAUAUUAUGAGCCUCAACAUUCUGACACAAGGAUUUUUCUAAUGAAAGCCUGCAACCUUGGAAUCAUUUUGGAUGACACGUACGACAAUUAUGGUACUUAUGAGGAACUCAAGAUAUUUACAGAAGCUAUUGAAAGAUGGUCGACAAGUUGCUUGGAUAUGCUCCCCGAAUACAUGAAAAUGAUAUAUCAAGAACUUAUUGAUGUCCACAAAGAAGCCGAAGAAAUGCAAGAAAAGAAGGGAAAUGCAUAUCGCAGCUACUAUGCGAAAGAGAUGGUGAAAGACUGCGCACGGAAUCUUCUAAUCGAAUCAAAAUGGGUAAACGAGGGAUAUAUCGCAACCCUAGAGGAGCAUUUGUCGGUUACGUUGGUAACUUGUCAAUAUGCCAUGAUCGUCGCCAAAUGUUAUGUUCACGGGGAUGAUUUGAUAACCGAGGAUGCUUUCAAAUGGGUAUCCACCUAUCCUCCUAUCGUUAAAGCGUCUUGUUUGAUUUUAAGGCUCAUGGAUGAUAUUGCUACACACAAGAAAGAGCAAGAACGAAACCAUGUAGCUUCAAGUAUCGAAUGCUACAUGAAGCAGUAUGGGGUGUCAGAAGAGCAAGCUUGUGAAGCAUUGUCAAAACAAGUGGAAGAUAGUUGGAAAGUUAUAAACAAAGAGACUCUAAGGCCAACUGACGUGCCGAGGCCUCUACUUACGCCUCCAAUUAACCUUGCACGCGUUUGUGAUGUCCUAUAUAAACGUGGCGAUAAUUACACCUAUGCUGGAAAAGAAAUGAUCAAAUACAUUAACUCUCUUCUGGUUAAUGCCAUGAGUUUGUAGCUGGCUUUUGGUUUGAAGAACGAACAACAUAAGUUACGAUAUAUACUUGGUCUUGCUGGAACAUGUUACGUUUGAAUUAAAUCAAUCAGCCUCUUGGGUUGUUAUUUUAUUAUGUUUAAUUAUGGAGUAUAUAUAUCCUAAAUAAAUAGGUUUAUUGGGUUACUGCUAGACCGAGUAUUUCUAGUUCUAUGUUAAGAUUUUCCUUUUUGUUAAGCACUUGUAAUCUGAUUUCUGUACGUACACCAAUAUUGAAGUUAAUAUAAAGUUCAUUU